UGUCUGUAGUAGGAACUAAGUUUCGCGGGUCGGAGGUCGAAGAUACAAAAACCGCUUGAAGCUCGGCCGGUGUGUCUCUGUGUCGGUGUGUCUCUGUGUGGCUGUGGAGCUGUUUUAUAGCGCGGAGUGCCGGGCGGACCGGGCGGGCCGGGUUCAGUGCCGGGAUUCAGCGCUGGGUGUUUACGGGCGCUUCACCGGGAGCGGAACUAGAGGACUGACACCGAUCCCAACCGGAACCUGCAGACAGACAGGCUAAGCUAAGCUAACCCAACCCGCUACAGAGCUGCAGGAGGCGGGGGGAGGUCUGAGUGCUGUUCGGGCUCUUCUGGACGUUGUGGCCUUUUAUACGGCGGGAUUUUCCUCCGGGGCAGAGCGGCGGCUCGGCGGACGGAGCUGUGGCGGGGGGAAGCGGAUAAACACCCGCUGGGCGCCGGGCGGAGCUCACGCAGCUUGCGGGACUGCAGGAGUGGAGUAGCAGAGGGCACCAAUGGCUGAGGUUUCUACCCUCACCCCGUCACCUCCAGCCAUGACGGAGCAGCCGGUCUCCUCUCAUCCUCUUCCUUCAGAGUCCCCUAAAACUACCCCCAUCCCCAAAUCCGCUCUGUACGGGGACAGGGCCGUGAUGGGCAACCCCACCUUACCGGCAGGACUUAGAGAGACCGCCAUUUCUCUGUCGUCCUCUGUGGAGGUCACUCUCAAUUCUGCCCAAGGCAGCUCACCUUCAGCAGCAGCUUCACAGAGCACUGAUGUUCCGAUGGAGGCAGACGCAGCAACAUGUUUAGAGAUAGAAACAUCGGGAGCUUCCAAUGAGCCUUUAAAUGAGCACAGUGGUGAACAUGAACCCGAAGGCACAGUAAAAGAACAGCAGAUGCCGUCUUCUCCAGGACAUAAUCCCAGUGCUAAUCCCCACCCCAGUGCUUCAGCUAAUAAUCCAACAACUUCAGCAGACGCCCCUCCUCAUUAUCCUCCACCUCCUGUACCCACAGCUUCAGAAAAUACAGAGAACAUAGAAAACCCCUCAAAUCCCAACGCCACAGUCCCAGACCCGCAACCAGAGGGCAAUAAAAUGCCUUUAGAAGCACAACAGCCAACAACAAUGAAGCAGCCAGAUCAGAACCCAAACCACACUCUGUGUCAAGAUCCUCAACCCAACACUUCAAGCCCCAAAACCCUUCCCGAGCCUCCCUUCACCCCCUCCAAGAUUGAGCCUCCGUCACUGAUCAUACCUGAUUCAAUUCCCUCUCUCGCCCUGCCCUCCGUUUACGCCCGGCCCGCCCCUGACACGCUCAGCUACCUAGAGUCAGCUAGUCUGAUGUCCGGAACACUGGAGUCCCUGUCUGGCCUGGGGGAGGACGGCAGCUCUGUGGGUUCAGAUUCUGAGAUCAACGGACAGGUCUUCAGGCGAACGGAUAAAUACGGCUUUCUGGGAGGAGCACAGUACACCGAUACCCUCGAGAAGGACGUCAGCGUGGAAGUGGCGAGGCACCGGGAGAUGAAGUGGUUGGACAUGUUUCAAAGCUGGGACAAAUGGAUCUCCCGACGCUUCCCUAAGGUGAAAUUGCGGUGUCGUAAGGGCAUCCCCUCCUCUCUCAGAGCAAGAGCCUGGCAACUUCUGUCCAGUAGCGAGGAUCUACUGAAGUCCAACCCUGGCAAGUUUGAGGAGCUGGAGAGAGAGCAAGGUGAUCCCAAGUGGCUGGAUAUCAUAGAGAAAGACCUGCACAGACAGUUUCCUUUCCAUGAGAUGUUCGCCGCACGAGGGGGCCACGGUCAGCAGGAUCUGUACCGUAUACUAAAGGCCUACACCAUCUAUCGACCUGAUGAAGGCUAUUGCCAGGCUCAGGCUCCGGUGGCUGCAGUGCUGCUAAUGCACAUGCCAGCAGAGCAAGCCUUUUGGUGUCUAGUGCAGAUAUGUGAGAGAUACCUGCCUGGCUACUACAGUGCUGGUCUGGAGGCGAUUCAGCUGGAUGGAGAAAUAUUCUUCUCUCUGUUGAGGCGAGUGUGUCCCAUGGCUUACCGUCAUCUGAAAAAGUUUAAGAUCGACCCCAUCCUGUACAUGACGGAGUGGUUCAUGUGUAUCUUCUCACGCACGCUGCCCUGGGCCAGUGUUCUCCGAGUCUGGGACAUGUUCUUCUGCGAGGGGGUGAAGAUUGUGUUUCGUGUGGGGCUGGUGCUGCUGAAGCAGAUGUUGGGUUCAGUGGAUAAACUGCGGGAGCUGCAGGGCAUGUAUGAAACGAUGGAGCGCCUCCGGAACAUACCACCAGAAUCCAUCAGAGAAGAUUUACUGGUUCAAGAGGUGAUCACUCUCCCGGUGACGGAGGCCCUGAUCGAGCGAGAGUGCAGCGUUCAGGUGCGGAAGUGGCGCGAGUCUCGAGGUGAGCUAACCCACCAGCCCGGCCGCCGGCUCCACGGUACGAGGGCCAUCCACGAGCUGAAGCGACGUGCGGCCUCCAUUAGUUCUGGUGGCAGCCUGUCGUUUCUGGGCAGUUACGUGCCGCCCCCCGGACCCCUGCGUGCUUCCUCAAGCCUGCUGUCUCUGCCAGGCUUCCGCAAGUCCAAAACACCCUUCUCUCAGGCCAAGAAGGGCUCUUUUUCAGGAGCUUCUGGCCAGGAGGCCUUUUCUCUGCAGGGUUGUGCAGGUGGAAUGUCCACUGUCUCCUCACCUCCUCUAACUGGAGCCUCUAGGCCACCUUUAUCUACAACAGCAGCGCCACCUGGCAGUGCAGUAACAGCGAGGCCACUCGUCCAUCACGGGCCAAGUCCUUUAGCAUCGAAACCAGGUUCAGCAGCAGCCACCGCAGCAUCUCCAGCUCCAGGAACUUCACCAGGAGCUCCUGCACCACAGCCUGGGCCAGCAGCUUCCACACAUUCAAACACUCCUACCCCAAACACCCCAAACACACUCCAGCCAGCCCCCAAAGUGGUCUCAGAGCAAGUCACGCCCACCAUCCCCUCACCCAUGGCUGUCAAUGCCCCACUACCACCUUGCACGGUGGAGGAUGAGGGCAAGAAUAAGAAGAAGAAGAGCAAAGAAGACAAAAAGAAAGAGAAGGAGGAGGAGAAGCAGAAACUAAAGGAUAAAAAGGAACGGGAGAAGCAAGAGAAGGAGAGAGUCAAGAAGGAGAAGGAAAGAUCGGAGAAGGAAAAGAAAAAAGAGAAAGGAGGGAAGAAGAAGGAGAAGGAUAAAGAGAAAGGAGGAGGGCCAGAGCCCGAGGAGAAAAACGGGGCCGCGGCUUCAAAGGAUUCGUAGUUGUUGGGCAUCUUCGAGGUUCCUGGCAACAGAGGGACAUGAUAACAAAAGAGUUAGUCAAGCAAGGGCAGUGAAAAUGAGGAGAAAAGAGAUGGACAGCUGGAUGAAUGGAUGGAUGAUCCUGUGUGAAGUCCAUUUCAUCUCGUGAAAAUAACUGGAUCACAUAUUAUGGGCUGUGCUAAUAUGUAAUUGGCCUCAGGCAGCACCUCCCCCAUUGACUCCAGUGCAUUCUGCCAUUCUGCAGCGAUCUGUCCGCAGUGCUGUUCUAUAGGGGAUAUUUAACUACACGUACAGUCAGUCCUACAUACAUCUGUACUUGUUUUUUUUAUUUGUUAUUUUUUUCCCUUUUUUCCUCAUUGUGGUCUUACUGGGGGAGGGGGUAAUGGGGGAGUAACUGUGUGUGGGUCUGGGUUCUUCCACAGUGUAAAUAGGUCAGUUUGCGUGUUGACUGAAUAUGAGCCUGGUCUGUGCCCAUUUCCUGUGUACUGUAGUAUUACAGUAGGUCGCCCAGAACACCAAAAAAAGGGGCGUUUAAAAAAAUAAAAAAAUAAAACAAGAUAAAAUAAGAUAAACAUUUCAACCCAUAAAAUCAGAACUCCAAUAAAGCAGGCGGUGACUAUAGUGAUUGUAGUAGAAUUAAUAAUAACAUUAGUAGCAGAUGUGGAGGGGGAUAUAUAUAUAUAUUUAUUGUAAAGUGUUGUUAGUGUGUGCGCUCAUAUGCUCAUACUUGUGUGUGUUUGUUUAUAUGUUUGUGCCUUGGUAGUUUAGUGUAACAUGUCGUCGUCGUCUGUAGUGUUGCUAACUGCUAACUGCUCUAAUCUCUUCUGCUGCCCCAAAUACUCGCACUCCGUUUUACAGAAGGAAACAGUGAGCAUUACGUGGGUUUGGCCACAAGAGGGAGCUGGGAAGACUGAAUUCGCAAUACGAGAAACGUUACAUAUGGUACUGUGGUCAGAAUAAUCUGGUCAGUAUAAUGUAUAAUGUAUAAUGAAUUUGCUGUCCUGUCUGAUGGAAAGAUGAGGGAAAUAUGCAUCAGAACCACAUUUACAGCAUCUUUGAUAAGAACUUCAGAUGUUCCUUAAUUAAUUAAUUCACUAAACGCAAUGGAAUAUCUUUACGUUUACUUUACAGUCAUCGUGAAGGAAAAAAAUGCUGGCAUCUCAAAGAAAUAGAGAUGCAAACUCACACUUCUUAUGUAUGUAAUAGGUGUUUUAGAUUUGCCCCUGAGCUAAACCGUUUAAACUUCACCUUCUCUCUAACUUUAUAGGUUGUAUAGGUUUUGGGCUUAACUGGAAUUGAAUAAUAAAAGGAGAGUUAUUCCUUUUUUAAAAAGUGUUAACAGCUGAACUGUAACUGUUAACACAUUUAAAGGGGAGAGUUUAGUUUACUUGACUUUUCUCAGACAUGUCUGUGGACUUUAUUUAUUUGUUAGAUUAUGAAGGAUUUAGUCUGAUGUUGCACUGAACCCUUAUUAAUAUUAUUAUUCUUCUUCUUCUUCGUCCUAAAAGCACCAGUAAUUGUGACCACUUCGAUGUGUAGUGGUUGAGUCCGGUGCAGACGUGACGCCACUCAGCACAGCUCUUGCUCUGUUGUAGCUUUAAACUUUUGGAGCUUUCACCUUAUUUCAGUCAGUAGUCCUGUAGUGUAUUAAUGUACAGCGUGCUAAUUUAAGCAAAUGAACAGUAUAUUGUGUAUUAUGCCUGUUCUUUAUCUUAUUUUAGAUUGGAUUGUUAUUUUUCUAUGCAAGAAUUCAGCGGCCUGGUCGACUGGAAUAGCGAAGGAAGCUUUUCGGAGUGAGGUUUGCGCGAGAGUAUUUUAAAUGAGUCCUUUUAAAAUCUUAUUUUUUUUGAAGUGCUAAAAGUUAUUUUUGCACAUUGCUCAUUUUCUUUCUCCCCAUGUCCUGGAGAACAAAGCCAAGCAGUACUUAUUUAUUUUAGACUUUUUAAAAAUCACACUUUCUUUAACAGUAUUUCUUAACAGGGCUGGUUUACUCCUUCUUUAAGGCUUUCUCACAGGUUUGGAUAGUUUUGUUGCUUAGUGCCCAUCUCUGUAUCUUUGUAUCUCUGUUAAAGGGGUAAAUAUUUUUGUGAUGAUUAUUUAAGGUGGAGCAGCAGUAAGCGUGGUCCUAGACUGUACUGUAAAAUAUAUGGGAGGCAUUUCUGCGUUGUAAAGAAACUCUGAGAAUCUUAUUCUGGACACUCACUGGAACAUUUAUUUAAUUGAAUUUGGAUGACCAGCAGUGUUAUGUGAUUUUGAAUUAAAUAUGCACUGUAGUCAAGUGUAAAUGAACUCCACCUUAAUGCACUCACUGCUCAGUAUUACAUAACUAACUUAAAAAAAAAAAGAAAAACGCACCAAGGCAGCACUGUGGGACUCAGAAGAUGCUGUCCAGGUACUGUAAAUGUCUACAGCUACAGCGCACCAACAGACACUGAUUCACUGAAAAGCUGGUGUCGUUAUGGACAAAGUGUCGUUAUGGACAUGAGUAACAUUGUAGAACUCGUAGAAUCAUGUUGUCGUUGCUCAUCAUUUUUCUCCCCUGUCUUUUGAUAUUCUGGUUUGCUGGUCUGCUGGUAGUCAUACCUCCUCCGUGCUGCAGGUGGCGCCCUUUCCCAGAAAAUCUGAUGCUUCCUCCAGGGGUGCCGCUCUUCAGGCUGAAAGUCAACUGAGAAUGUCUAUGCAAACCCCAAAGGCUCUCAGAGGCUCCCCAGGAUCAGAACCUCCACAUUCCUACCACCAGUGACUGGCUUUGGAGCCACUGAAGGUGCAAAGCACAAAAACGACAUGCUCCAUCCACUCUGCUGAUUCUUGGAUCGCACUGAACACACACACACACACACACACACACACACACACACACACAGUGGAGUGCAGUGGAGACACCCCACCCCCUAUUAAAAAAAACAGAGACAGUCACUCACCAGGACUUCAUGCAAAAACAUCUGAAACUGCUCCACCAGUCAGUUCGUCUUAAACAUUUCUGCUUCAGUCCCUCGUUCAGUGUAGUCUGUCCAUCUCUCCGUUUCUAAGGUUCUCAGUUGGUUUAAUCAUUUCAAUUUACUUUUUUAUUCUAAUUUCAUUCUUAGGAGCUCUCAUUCCAGCCUGCAGUGUGUUGUCUUCUCGUUUUUGUAAGUUUACAUGCAACCACAAAUCCAUUAAAAUGAAAACAAAAAAAAAUAAUCAUACAUAGUCAUUCCUUACAUGCAGAAGAGGCAAAAUGUACACAGUGUAUUUAAUUAAUGAUUAAAACAAUGACAGUUGUGAUGAAUAAUAAACCGUAAUAUAUUAAAUCA